AUGUCUGUCUUCUCACUGGAUGUAGAGAAGGCGAACCCAGUGACCGCGCAGGUCUUGGAUGAUACCUUACGCGAACUUGGUGUUUCGAUCAAACCAGAGGAGAAAGAUGAAUACCAAAGGCUUCUAGCCGUGUUCCACGAGUCUGUUGUGGGUCUCAUUUCACUCCCCGACUACGUGCCUCUCGUAGAUGAAGAGAGAUUUCCAAGAAAGGAAGUACGAUUUCCAGAUGCCACGGAAAACCCUUUGGGUGCUUGGGCUUGGAGAUGCCGGGUUGAGGACAAGACCAAAAGCGGGGGCUUACUCGCAGGCAAAACGAUAGCCAUCAAAGACAACAUAGCGGUCAAGGGCGUCCCCAUGCUUUUAGGAACCGACUUUGUAAAGGAUUAUGUUCCAAACACCGAUGCAACGUGUGUUACAAGACUUCUAGAGGCCGGUGCAAUCAUCGCCGGGAAGUCCGUAUGCGAGAACAUGUGUCAUUCUGCCACAAGCAGCUCCUCCUCUACCGGGCAUGUUCAUAAUCCCUAUGCAAAGGGCUACAGCAGUGGCGGCAGCUCAAGUGGCUCAGGAGCGUUAGUUGCCAACGGAGACGUAGAUAUGGCUCUCGGCGCUGAUCAAGGCGGUUCGAUCCGUGUCCCCGCCGGAUGGUGUGGACUGUACGGCCUAAAGCCGACAUUUGGACUUGUUCCCUACACUGCCUGCGGCUCAAAUGAGCCAACCAACGAUCAUGUCGGGCCCAUGACACGAACAUUACUCGACAAUGCAUUGAUGCUUCAAGUCAUUGCUGGAAACGACAACAUCGACGACAGAUCAUUUGCAGCACCGAGCCAAGGCAGCGUUCCCAAGUAUUAUGACAAUUUGAUUAAACUCGCAAACCCAAAAGAUCUGUCAGGGGUCAAGGUCGGUAUUCUGGUUGAAGGUAUGAAUCAACCGUCCGUGGAACCUCGCGUCAAAGCUUGCGUUGAGGCUGCGAUUGAGGGCCUUCGCAAUCUUGGAGCCACCGUGGAAGAAGUCUCGGUUCCGUUUCAUUCAAAGGGGGCAGCUGUUUGGACUGCCAUCAGCAAGAGCGGAGGUUACCUGGCGAAGAGAAACCUCGCCUUCGGCAGAAGGGGCCACAUUAUGAUUGACCUGACGGAAAAAUUCCAGACCCUCACACAGGAGCAAUGGGACAACGCCUACGUCUCGUCCAAGAAUAUCUACCUCAAUGGGGUCUACGCACAGGCGGCGUUUCCAGGGUUGCUCGGCAAGGCAACGAAUCUCAGUAGAAAGUUACGAGAUGACUACGACAACGCGCUGCAGAGGUUUGACGUUUUGAUCACGCCAAACCUACCCUACGUUGCCAACUCCCACACUCCAUACGAUGCAUCGCCGUUGGAGAAGAUUGGAAAACAGGUCGGGCUCACUGCAAACACCGCGCCAUUCAACCAAUCAGGCCACCCGGUUCUAGCUAUGCCCAUUGGCAUGCUUCCGAUAGAAGAGGGGUCUCUGAAAGGUUCGGGAACAAAGUUGCCCGUGAGCAUGCAGGUUAUUGGCAAAUGGUGGCAUGAAGAGGAUGUUUACCGGGUCGCGUAUGCUUGGAGCCUAGAAUACGACUGGAAAACAAGAUGA